CUUCUUGAUUCCAGCUCAAAACCCUUUUCCAUAACAGCAGAAAAACGCCAACUUGUCGUCUUUUUUUCAAUCCCUCCCAUGGCUAGAAGCUUCUUAUUCGAACCUCCUAGCGACGAGGAGCGCGAAUUAUCCCAUCCUGAAGAAGAGGAAGAAGAAGACGACGACGAAGACGAACAAGAAGAAGGGGAAGAAGAAGAAGAAGAAGCAGCAGCAAAGAAGAAACCUUCUAAUAGGCAUACUCAAUCACCAUGGGAUUUCGCUUCUUACUCCGAGUCCGUUGCGGAAGAACACGCUCGUCGAAGCACCACCUCCGUGGAUUACAAGAUUUCCAGAGCCCUUCAACAUCGCUCCGUUCCUAUCACCACUCCCGCCGCCGACGCAGAAGCCGCCUCAGAUUCGGAACCAGACAAACAGGAAGAUUAUAGAUCAGAAGAGGAUGAUGAUGGGGUAAGUAAUGCCGAUGGAAGUAAGUCAUUUUUUGCACCUGCAGAAGGAGCUUCCUUCCAUGCGAAUUCUUUCAUGGAGCUCAAUCUAUCUCGCCCAUUGCUUCGGGCUUGUGAGGCUUUAGGUUACACUAAGCCUACUCCAAUUCAGGCUGCUUGUAUACCACUGGCACUCACUGGCCGUGAUAUUUGUGGGAGUGCGAUUACUGGUUCUGGGAAGACAGCUGCCUUUGCAUUACCUACUUUGGAGAGAUUACUUUUUCGUCCAAAACGUGUUCAAGCAAUACGGGUCCUCAUUCUCACACCAACAAGAGAGUUGGCGGUUCAGGUUCACAGUAUGAUAGAGAAACUUUCUCAGUUUACAGAUAUUAGAUGUUGCUUGAUUGUUGGUGGGCUUUCUACAAAGGUGCAAGAAUCUGCCUUGAGAUCAAUGCCAGAUAUUGUUGUGGCUACCCCAGGACGAAUGAUAGAUCAUUUACGCAAUUCUAUGUCUGUGGAUUUGGAUGAUCUUGCAGUUUUAAUCCUUGAUGAAGCAGAUCGCCUUCUAGAACUUGGAUUUAGUGCUGAAAUUCAUGAACUGGUUAAGCUAUGUCCCAAAAGGAGGCAGACCAUGCUCUUCUCAGCUACAAUGACUGAAGAAAUUAAUGAGCUUAUCAAACUUUCUCUGACUAGACCACUGCGUCUCUCAGCUGACCCAUCUGCAAAACGACCAGCUACAUUGACUGAAGAGGUGGUCAGGGUCCGCAGAAUGCGUGAGGUGAAUCAGGAGGCUGUUCUUCUUGCCUUGUGUUCAAAAACUUUUACAUCUAAAGUGAUAAUCUUCAGUGGUACUAAGCAAGCUGCACAUAGGUUGAAGAUUUUGUUUGGAUUAGCUGGCUUUAAAGCUGCUGAGCUCCAUGGAAAUCUUACACAAGUCCAGCGUCUUGAUGCUUUGGAACUUUUCAGGAAGCAGCAAGUCGAUUUUUUGAUUGCUACUGAUGUAGCUGCUCGUGGACUUGACAUUAUUGGUGUUCAAACAGUUAUUAAUUAUGCAUGUCCUCGUGAUCUGACAAGCUACGUUCAUAGGGUCGGUCGUACGGCAAGAGCUGGUAGAGAAGGUUAUGCUGUAACAUUUGUGUCAGAUAAUGAUCGUUCUCUUUUAAAAGCCAUUGCAAAAAGAGCUGGUUCAAAGUUGAAGAGCCGUAUUGUUGCAGAGCAAUCAAUUGCUAAGUGGUCUCAGAUAAUUGAUCAAAUGGAAGAUCAAGUGGCUGCCAUUCUUCAAGAAGAGAGGGAAGAGAGAGCUUUAAGAAAAGCUGAAAUGGAAGCAACAAAGGCAGAGAAUAUGAUUACGCACAAGGAUGAAAUUUUUGCACGCCCCAAAAGGACAUGGUUUGUAACAGAGAAAGAGAAGAAGCUUGCAGCAAAAGCAGCAAAGGCAUCAAAAGAGAAAGAAAAAGGUUCUGGGAAUGAGGUUAUGAGUGCCCAACAGGCUGAAGAUCUUAAAUUGAAGGAAAAGAGGAAGCGUGAGCGGGAGAAAAAAUUGCCCCGGAAGAAGCGUCGAAAAUUACAAGCAGCCAGAGAGAUGUUGGAGGAUGAAGAUCAUAUUGAGAAAUCAGAAGGUAAUGGAAUAAAUAAGAAAGAGAAGACUGGGAUGUCACUGGUUGACCUGGGUUACCGACGGGCGAAAGCAGUGAAGGCUGUGAAGAGGGCACUAGAUGCAGGCAAGAUUGUGCAAAAGGCAGGGAAGAAAAAAUCGAAGCGUCCUCCUGAAAGAACUCAAUCAAGGACUGAAGAGAUGCGGGAACUAUUCCAAAGUGACAUGACCGAGAAAAAGCGGAAGAAAAGCAGUGGUGGAAUGGGAAGCAAAAAGUCCAAGAAUUCAUUUAAGAGCAAAUCACGGUAUAAGCGCAGAUAGCACUGUCAAGUCUUGUGCUUGAAAAAUUUGUAUCUACCUCAGUUUGGUUUAUGGAAGGUUCAUUGCUGAUUCCAUAUCUAAAGAGGAAGAGGCGGUUACUGCAGAGAGAGAAAUCAGAGGCAAAUUAUAGAUAAUACAUCAAGGGAGGUGGGUGGUCAUUACCAUUAUCUGGUGCUGUAUCAACUUAUUAUAAAUGUAUUCUUUUGGAGUAUUGGGAUAAUUAAUUUCUUAAUUAUAUUGUUGACAUGCCUUAUCCAUCA